UUUUGUACUUAUCAAAUCAUAAAUCUGAAGUAAUAAUGCUGUAAUAAAAUCACAAAUGAGUCAUCUUCGUUGGAAAUACCAGAUUAUUGACCUCGCUUUAAUUUCUAAUGAAAUAUGAUUAACGUAACAACGUGUAUUCACAGAUCCCUCAUUAGUAAUAAUCUGUUCAGGAAAUUCUGCAAUAGAUGAUGAUCUAUAACUAUUAUUAUUAUGCAUAAGUGUAGCAGAUGACAAUGAUGAAUAUAAUUGUAAAAGGAAGUAAUUUAUUUAUAGGAUUGUAAUGUCACACUUUAUAAAUAGUAUGUACUCAUUAUUAUGAGGAAAAAACUCUCGUUAGAGACUUUUGACACGCUUGGGUAUUUCAUUUAAUGUAUUUUUUUCAAAAUGAUAACAAAAGAAAAUAUGAAUAUAGGGCGCAUAAUGCGUAUAAUACAUUGUAUAUAUAAAUCUGAAUGGGAGCGCAAAAGUUAGUUUUUCUAUCGUUCGUUGUAUCGAUAAGUUCCGACACAGUUUACCUAUUUCUUUUCUCUAUCUGCAAAAUGUAUAACUUUUUUUAUAUAUUAACGAUUAUGUGCUUUAUACAAAAAUACGCUAAAGCACAAACUAAUACAAUUGUUUUUGAUGGUACUACGACUGCUAAUACUGUAGCACCAACUAGUACUACAUCUGCAGGAUGUAGAUGUGUACCUGCAGGCACUUGUGAUGUUGGUGGUAGUAAUGGUAUUGACAUAAGAAUUGUAAACACGGGUGUAACUUGUUCAGCAGGCUUAAUAUAUUGUUGUACAUCAGGAAAUAUAAUUGAUACUAGUUGUGGAAUAAGAAAAAUAACUCCUACUGCUCAACCGGAAGGAGUUGCUAGUUACGGAGAAUAUCCUUGGCAAGCAGCACUUUUAACAUCAAGUAAUUCAUAUAUUGGAUCAGGAGCUCUUAUUAAUGCCAAUCAUGUUCUUACUGUGGCACAUAAAGUAACUCCUUACUUGACUGGGGGUCUUAAAAUAAGAUUAGGUGAAUGGAAUGGACAAAGUUCGUCAGAAACUUAUCCUUAUAGAGAAUACAAUGCACAAAAAAUAUUUGUACAUCCAUCUUAUGACUCAAAGAAUCUUCAGAAUGAUAUAGCAGUUAUUAGAUUAAGCUCGUCUGUACCUAUUGCAAGUAGUCCAAAUAUUAAUACUGUAUGUCUUCCUACUUCAGUACCAGCUGCACAAACAAGAUGUUGGGUAUCAGGUUGGGGAAAAAAUGCAUUUGGUAAUAGUGGUAGUUAUCAGAAUACACUCAAAGAAGUUGAUGUUCCCUUAGUAAAUCAAAAUAAUUGUGAAACUUCUCUUCGUACUACAAAAGUAGGACAGUUCUUUACCCUCGACAGAAAUAGCUUUAUAUGUGCAGGAGGAGAAUCAGGAAAAGAUGCGUGCACGGGAGAUGGAGGUGCACCAUUGGUGUGUCAGUCAGGUAAUCAGUGGCAGAUUAUUGGAAUGGUAACAUGGGGUAUUGGUUGUGCCACUAAUGGAAUUCCAGGUGUAUACGUCAAUGUGAUUAAUUAUAUUUCGUGGAUAAAUGAAAAAUUGACUCAGUCAUAAACCACAGUUUAAUCAAAUUAUCGACCUCAGAGAAUACCGACGUUACCUCACAUGAUUAAAAAACAACAAUGUUUCUUUAUUUAUUAGUAGAUGGCGUAUAACUUGAUGUCCACAAUGUGCUGCCAUCUUUGUAUCUUGAUGGAACUAAAUAGUUAAAAAACAUUAAUUAAAACGAUCAUAUGUUUUCUGUCAAUUUUUAUAAAUGACCAUAUGUUUUCUGUCAAUUGUUUAUGUGUUUUGCGUGAGUCAUUUAUAAAUGAUUAUAUUUUUA